GCAACCAAACAAAGAGCUUGGCUUGCUCAGGCGUGGCGUUGGAUAACAACCCCGAAAGGUUUCUUCAUCACCAUCUACGGGCUGAAUAUCGUCGCCUGGGGCGGGAUGCUAUUCUUGCUAAUCUGCAAUGCCGCCCCAGCCAUGUGCCACCCGUCCUGCACCGAUUUGUACUCCUCCCGCCGGAUUUGGAUCGAGAUCACCUCCCAGAUUCUGAAUGGGCUGUUCUGUGUGACCGGGCUCGGGCUCGCGCCGUGGAGGCUCCGGGAUUUGUACUUCUGGUGCUGUUGGCGGCUGGCGGGGAUAGACCGGGAGAAGCGCCUGGCUGGCAUCGUGCGCUUGGCUACAAUUCAUCGAGCGUGGUAUCGCUUACCGGCUACUGUCUCACAUUCUGGCUGUGUCGAGGACUGUAACUCGGAACAAAGCAGAUGUCCUACCACAGCGGCUCUUGAGUUCUCGAUGAAUGGGGUCCCCGCGCCGGCCACGGCGCCAUGGAAACUGGAUUUUGUGGUCUGGUGCAACAUGGGGAAUAGUAUAUUCCAAGGGUGUCUGGCUGGCUGUAUGUGGGGAAUGAGCAGAUUCAAUCGACCCAGUUGGACAACGGGCUUAUUUGUUACCUUGGCGUGUGUUGUUGCUGGUAUGGCGGGUUAUAUGGUCUUCCGUGAGACAAGGAGGAUUGCAAGAUUAACAGGGGUAAAAACGGCCGUUGCAGAGAAGGGGGAAGGAUUUGUCUGA